GAGCUGCCGAAAAGGUGACAUACGACACAGCGCUCUCUUUUCGUUUCCGAUUACCGUCAGUCCACACGAUUGUACAACAUACAACGAUGCAUCCAGUCAGCAGUGUCGCGAUUCUUGCAUUCCUAUGCUGUCUUUUGGUAACGUAUUCCACUGCUAAUAACGAUGCUCAAUUGUCGGAAGAGAGCGGUGUUGCGAUCUACGAUCAAGGUGCCGAAAUAAGGGAAGGUGACCAGAGGGAUGCAACGACUCCGUUAAACAGACAAAAAAGAACGCUUUUCCUGAAAAAGAAACUGAUCGGUGCAGGACUCUUAGGUUUUGGCUUAGGCAUCGCGAAAGGAUACAAAGCUGGAUAUUAUUCAGCCCCGCAAGUGCGUCACGUAUAUCUCUCGUCGCCCCCGCCAUCCACCAAAUACGUCGAAUACGUCGAGAAGCCUAUUUACGUCGAAAGAAUAAUCGAAAGGCCGGCUCCUGUUUUCAAACCGAUACACGUCGAAUACGCGGCAGAGUCUUCUCCUUACGGGAGCUGGUAACGCGAAAGAUGCAUCGGUAUACGCUUUUCGAACGUUCCUCGUGGAUACAUUGGAUAAUCACAACCUAAUUAAACAAGACAGCGAAAGAGAGAGAAGAAGAGAAUCAGAGAGCAUAUGUGCAAGAUAAAUGCAGAGAUCAAGAAGAAUACCCGUCAUUGUAUUUCCAUCGAAAUUUCGUUCUUGUUGUAUCCACGUAAAUGUGUACGGCUAUGACUUUAUUGUUACGUUAUUAGUUUAAGUUGUAUCAAUCGAUCAUUGGAAACGAUAUUAAAUUAAAGCGGUGUCGUUUUG